AUGGGCAAAUACCGGAUUCCCUUGCCCCUCUCUGAAAAUCAGCUAACAGGUCCCAUUCCUUCGUAUGCUGUUUGGAUUUCAAAGCUAAUUUACAUUGGAUUGCAAAAUAACUCACUCAAUGGGACAAUACCAUCUUGGUUGUUUGUUCAACAUUCAUUGAGUUCUAUAGAUUUGAGUAACAAUAUGCUGCAGGGACCAAUUCCAAGAUCAGUUUAUGAACUCCAGAACCUAACAUACUUGAGGCUUUCAUCAAACAACUUCAGUGGUGUAAUCAAGCUAGAUAAGUUGCUUAAGCUAAAAUAUUUGUACUAUCUUGAUCUCUCAUAUAAUGGUCUCUCAUUGAACAUCAACAAUAGUGUCAACUCUACCUUACGUUACUUUAAGACUAUAGGAUUAGCUUCUUGCAACUUAAGUGAAUUCUCAAACUUCUUGAGAGUAUUGCAUGAUUUGAUUGCAUUAGAUCUUUCAAACAACAAAAUUCAUGGUGAAGUUCCAAAAUGGAUAUUCGAUGUGGGAAAAAAUACAUGGGAUAGUUUAGAUCUUUCUCAUAAUUUCCUUACAAGUUUAGAGUGUCUUCCAUUAAAGAAUCUAGAAUAUAUUAACCUGCACUCCAACUUAUUCCGAGGACCACUCCCUCUUCCACCUAUCUCCACAAUUGUUUUCUCUAUCUCAAACAAUAAAUUGACUGGAGAAAUCCCUCAAUUGAUUUGCAGUCUGAUAGCACUUGAAGUUCUUGAUCUGUCUAAUAACAAUUUGAGUGGUGUGAUUCCACAAUGUUUGGGAAACAUAAGCAUUAAUCUCUCGGUGUUGAGUUUAUGGAUGAAUAGCUUUCGUGGCAUCUUUACUGCAGCAUUUACAAAAGGCAACAUGUUGAGGAGUCUUAACUUGAAUGACAACCAAAUCGAAGGAGAUGUUCCUCUGCUCAAUUGUAGACACUUGGAAGAAUUGCAGGUUCUUGUCUUGAGGUUUAAUAGGUUUCAUGGUCACAUGGACACCUCCAAGACCAAGAGCAAACAUCAUUUUCGAAUGAGAAUUAUUGACAUAUCGUGCAAUGAGUUCACUGGCCUUUUGCCGACAAAUUAUAUCAAACAAUUUGGAGCUAUGAUGAAUGUUGAUGAACAUGAAAUGAAAUUGAAAUACAUGGGCCAAACAUAUCAUCAAGAUUCUGUGUUGGUGGUGAUUAAAGGAUAUGAGAUUAAAUUAUCAAGAAUCUUAACAGUCUUCUCAAUCAUUGAUUUUUCAAGAAACAAUUUCCAUGGAGACAUUCCGAAAUCCAUUGGGGGGCUUAAUUCGCUUCGGGGUCUUAACUUAUCCCAAGAAUGGAGCCCACUGAUGCAAUAA